GUUAAACUGAAUCAUGUUCUCAUAAUCCAAUUAUUUAUAAACCCUAACCACUCUGUCUGAAAAAGUUGAAGAAGACUGAUACCAUGUUCUCCGACGUGAAUUUCCAGCCAUCUCUGCAGAAAGCGAUUUCCACGGCAGCCUCUGUUGCUGCUACUGUCGUCCUCAUCCGCUCGAUUUCGCGUGACCUAAUCCCAUGGGAAGUCCGCCAUUAUCUCAAAUUAGGCAUCAAAACAAUCUACAAAUCAAUCUCCUCCGAAAUCACACUCAUCGUCGAAGAACUCGACGGUUUUGGCAUCAAUCAGCUCUACAAGGCAGCUGAAAUCUAUUUAGGAUCUAAGAUCUUCCAAUCCACCUCAACUUUCAGAGUCACCAUGCCCGAGAAGGACACCAAUAUCUACACCUCAAUGGCGGAGAAUCAGAAGAUGGUGGAUUAUUUCAACGGCGCAAAAUUCAAAUGGAGGCAGGUCACGCAAGAGGUGCACAAAAUUCGAAUUAGGUAUUAUAGACUUGUUUUCAAUAAGAAACACAAACAGUUAGUGUUCGAUUCCUACUUCCCGUUCGUCCUUGAAGAAUCGCGCAAAUUCAACGAACAGAGGAAGAAUCUCAAGAUUUUUACUCUCGGUCACGACACCAGAAGAUUCUCGAGCGAUGGUAGUCCCUGGACCGGCGUUAAUCUGGUGCAUCCUGCAACUUUUGAUACAUUAGCGAUGGAUGGAGAUAUGAAGAAGAUGAUAAUUGAAGAUCUUGAUAUGUUCAUCAGGAGGAAGGAGUUUUAUAGGACGGUAGGGAAGGCUUGGAAGAGAGGAUACUUGCUGUAUGGUCCUCCCGGCACCGGGAAAUCGAGCUUGAUCGCUGCGAUUGCGAAUUACCUGAAUUUUGAUAUCUAUGAUCUCGAGCUAACCUCUAUUCAUGAUAAUUCGGAUCUGAGGAGGCUGUUGAUUUCGACGGCGAACAAGUCGAUUCUGGUUGUGGAGGAUAUCGAUUGCAGCCUUGAUCUUGAGGAUAGGAAGGCCGAUCAGAGGAUGAUGAAGGCGAUCCAGUCCACUCAGGCUCAGACUAUUAACAUAGUUAAGCACGACAAAACCAACCAGGUAACAUUAUCGGGCAUUCUAAAUUUUAUUGACGGAUUAUGGUCUAGUUGUGGGGAUGAACGGAUCAUCAUCUUCACGACAAACCACAAAGAUCGGUUGGAUUUAGCUCUAUUACGACCCGGCAGAAUGGACUUACACGUCCACAUGUCUUAUUGUACAUUUGGUGGAUUUCAAACCCUAGCUAAGAAUUACUUAGGUUUGACCGAACACUCUCUAUUCGACAAUGUAAACUCUGUGUUGGAGAUGGCUAUGGCAACUCCAGCUGAAGUCGCAGAGCAAUUGCUGAAGAGCGAAAAUCCCGAGAUAGCUCUUGAAGGGGUAGUCCAUUUCUUGAAAUAUAAAAUUAUGGAAAAUGAAAAGAAGGAAGUUAUGAGAAUAAAGGAGGAAGAAGAAGAGAAUGAACUCAAAAGAAAAUUAGAUGCCCAAGUUGGGGACACUAAGUGCACUAGUAGCAAUAUUACAAUUGGUGAUACUCAAUGAGUAAUGAGAAGCAAAGUGGAGGAAUAUAUUUGUUUGAGUUUAGUAACUUUUGUGAGGUGGGGUUAUGAUUGGGAUUAUUGGUUUUCUAAAUAAAAAUAAAAUAAAAAGUUUUAAUAUUUAUAAUAAAAAGGAAUGUAAAAACUGUAUUCA